CCAGCAGCCGCAGCAUGAAGAAUCCGGAGGAGGAAGAUGUGGGAGGAAACAAAGAGGAGUGCUUAUUUAAAGGGUGUGUUCCUCACCAUGGUUUGUAAGAGCGGUGGGUAGCUUCACGAUUUGGUGUUUUAUGCUGAGAGCAGCGAGGAGCUGAAGGUCAAAGCAGGGUCACUGUGAGCGCUUUUUCCAGGUGUGUUGAGAUGCAGCGUAACGGCAGCAACGGCAGCUUGACCCAGCAGCUGGGAGAAAGAUGGCUGACCUUGAUGAACCGCCUUCAAGAGRAUCCCAAGAUUGCACAGGUGAUGAGUACAAAGGCCGGGCAGUACCUCCGCCGUCGGCCUUUCUUAGCUCUCGCCCUGCUGCUGUUCAGCGCCAUGGCUGCUCUACCUGUUGGGCUCUUCCUCUUCUUUGCCCUCAUUACGAUAGUUAUGUCRGUUGUGGGGUUUGUUUUCUUUGAGGCGUUUUUGCUGAUUGUUGGAGGAAUGACUCUGCUGUCUGUGCUCUCCGGCAUCGCCCUCUUCUCCCUGGUGGUCUCGAUCAUCGUUACCAGUGUGUUCGUCACCAUUCCCACCCUGCUGAGGCGUUACUACCCUGAUGUGACAAAGAAGAAGAAGAGCGAAGAAGAGWCUCCAGGACUGAAGCAGUAGGGAAAUGUCCCCAUCUUCUCUCUGCCUGGCGUUUUGGCGCCGCUCAACAGAAGAUGCUCAGGAUCUGAGCCGCUAAGCUCCAAACCUCUGUCAAGGUCUCUUCUUUAUGAACACCAAGUGUCCUUGCUGCUUCAGKGAAAGGAGUGUGAAGUUUUAUUUGUUUACAGUGCAAUAUGUGUAUGAGUGUCUGUACUGCUCACGUCUCYCAAUCGGGCUUAAGAGCUGAKCUCUGUUGAACAGGUCAAAUCUUCAUCCUGUUUCAGGACAGUGAUGCAGCUACAUCAGCACAUUUUCUCCAAAUCUGUUCUAGGUCCAUUUUUAGUUACAAAAAGUAUGCAUUAUAUUUAUAUAGUUUGUUAAAUAUUAAUAUUACACAGUAAAAAGCUUAUUAGAUCACUUGUCUCCUUCAUGGUAAUUUUAAUCAUUUCUAGGAAUCUAAUAUUCCUUUUUCUUACAAGAAAUCCUAGAGGCAAAUGUGGUGAGACCAUGCUUAAACUAAUCGGAGCAUUAAACAUUUAGUCAUCCUCAUGUGAGCUGAUGUUUGAUGCUUUCUGGCCUGGAGGAGGAGAGAUUUUAACCCAGACUUUGUUUUAUGUGGUGUCUCCUGCCAAAAUSUCUACGUUUAUGUUAAGAAUUGUUUCAGGUUUUUUGUUUUGUUUGCAUCAUAUUUAUCAUCCAAGUUUUAAUUUUGCUCUCAAUGCAUUAAUGCUAACGCAUCAGUCAAUGAAGUAAAAGUAUUUUUUAUCUUACAUUCUUUCAUUCAUAAUUCUAUAGGUAUUUAAACCUGUAGAAAAACUAUUAUCUGACAAUAACAGCUCAGUUUUAGAAGGAAUGUGUUUAUUCUAGUGCUUCAGGGAACCAAUGCAAAACACUUAAUGCUGACRAUUAAAGAGAUUUUUUUUUC